AUGGAACAUUUAAAUUCAAAUCAAAAAGUUAAACAAGAAGUUAGCACUGAUAAGAAGAUUGCUAUUUCGCAAAUAAAACAACAAAAUAUUCAUAAAAGAAAUGAGAAUGGAACUAUUCAAAUAAAUCAAAAAGUUAAACAAGAAGUCAGCACUGUUAAGAAGAUUGCUAUUUCGCAAAUAAAACAACAAAAUAUUCAUAAAAGAAAUGAGAAUGGAACUAUUCAAAUAAAUCAAAAAGUUAAACAAGAUGACAACACUGUUAAGAAGAUUGCUAUUUCGCAAAUAAAACAACAAAAUAUUCAUAAAAGAAAUGAGAAUGGAACUAUUCAAAUAAAGUAAGAUGAUGCUUAUGACAAAAUAUUUUG